AUGGAUGCGCUUCAUCACCGCGCUACCUGCUUCGCCGGUCAAUUGGACAAGUCUUGUCCUAUCUGUUACGGCGAGCUAUCGGCCGCUGAAGGAUUUCUUGCUGGCUCCUUGCUACACCUGCAGCGGUGUCAGCGGGGUACCCAAGAUAGUCACAGCUUUAUCGAGUCUGAUGAAUUCGAGGCGCUCUACAUGAGCCCUUGUGGCAGGACCGAGAUCACGGAUCGGUUCCAUAAGUGCAUCGAAGGAGUCUCGCGAAGAAGUUCUGUAAGGUUCCGGUUCAAGAUUCAGAGAAAACGCAAUCAUCCUGAGUUUCUGUAUGGAUGUGGAGAGUCGGCACUACGGAAUUGUGUCAAUGCAGAUGGGGAAGAAUGCGAGGGCUGGCGCACAGCAGGCGACGUUGUAGGGGCCGCUAGGAAUGUCUUUCCAGUGGUGAAGGAAGACUUCGAUCCUUUCAUCAUCAUGGAGGGUCCUCAAACGCAGUUUCUUUGCCCACAUACUGAACCCGCCGGCAGCUCCAAUUCAACCUUGAACGACUUGAGCGAAUUUGUCGUCCAACCAUUCACACUGCCGCAAGACGCACCAAAGACAGAUUCUGUGCACGUCGCUCCGCUUGACGCACUGCCCGAAACGGAGGCACAAUCUACCACAGACGCGCAGAUUGAUGCGCCGUCAAACGCCGCCUACAGAAUACCAAUGCCUGCCGCCGAUCUCGCGCAAGUACAAAAGUGCAUCUUCUGCCUUGCCGAUCCUCAAGGCACUCACAAGCGAUUCGACAAGAUAGCGAAAGCAGACAGAAUCAAAUGCGACAAGACCAGCCACGACAUCUUCACCUGCGGACGUUGCACCGCCAAUUAUCACCCCGUCGCCGAAGCAACGUUCGCAACUGAAGCUCAUGCUCUCCCUCGGAUUAUCUUAACGUCGCCAGAUUCCGAGCACUCGAACGUACUUGAAUCUUCCACGCCUGACAAGAAAGCACUGUAUCCUAUGCCCAAGCGUCGCGGACGUGCAAACUGGAUCGGAUACAAUUGGAUGCCUAAUGUUAAGGAGCUGACGACAGAAAAAUCAAAACAGAUGACGAGGGCACGAAAUCGCACGCUUAGGUGUGAGACUCAGAUGUACGGUGGUGUACAGCUUCUUGCUAUGGGGACACUCGCCUCGACUCCUGUCGCAUUCUUUCCGCCGCCCAAGAAAACCGCUCCAGACACCAGCAAGGCAGCGCAUCCUGUUGCUCAAGCGAAUAUACCAGCACCAUUAGCGGGAAAUGGAUCAUCCUCUACUUCCUCAGCUAGUCUUUCCUUAUUCAACAUGGCAUGGUCCAGCGCAAUCGCCUCCCAAAGCCAGCAGCUUGCUCCGUCGAACAUGGCAUUUGCUGACGUUAUGCGAAAAGGAGAUUGGAAAGAGAAAGGCCACAAAAAGGAAUCCAAGGCACAAAAAUUUGGGUUGAAACCGCUCGUGGGUGAGAUCACAUCUCAGAUGCGAGACCUCUGCCGAAAGAAGAAACAGGCGCAGGACGAUUCCAAGGUUCAGGAAGCCAGGCGUAGUUCUCAGUCUGUUGCGAAGCUGGAGGAUCGUGCGAAGUCUUUAGACCCCAGGCUUACUCGAAUGCUGGAGAACUUUCACAUAAGCAAGCCGUCUCCAAGCAAGCAAUCUGCCCAAGAUGUCCGAGAUGGCGGCAACAUGCACAAGGCGCAGACAGACUGCCCGGCUUCUCUUCAACAAACGCCCUACCCACCCGUCACCUUCUCUUCCGCUGUCACCCGCCCGAAACCCAGGAUCACCUUCGGCACCGCACCCACUGGCGCAAUACGAAAUAUGGCCCCGCUGGGCAAGGCCUCAUACCUCGAUCUCGCGAACGGCUCAGCCUCUCACCGUCCAAUCCUGUCUCCUUCGGUAUACACACUUUCGUACACCACCCCAUCGGAGCUACACGAAGAUGAGGAGCCGUUCCUGCCAUUCACACACCCGCCUUCACCAGCCUGGUCUGAGACAUCGUCUACUUCGACGGACUCGAGCUGCAUACCCGAAACUGAGAUGUUUGAGGGAUGGGAUGCACUGGCUUUGGAGUAUGACGGUUCUUCUGGUGGGCUUGGCUAA